AUGGGGGCGCUUGAUGCAUAUGCUGCUGCUGCUGCUGCUGCUGCUGCUGUGCCUGUGUCUGCUGCUGCAUCUGCCUCUGCUCAUGCUGCGGUUGUUGCUGCUGCGCCUGCCUCUGCUGCUGCUGCUGCUGCUGCUGCUGCUGCUGCUGCUGCUGCUGCUGCUGCUGCUGCUGCUGCUGCUGCUGCUGCUGCUGCUGCUGCUGCUGCUGCUGCUGCUGCUGCUGCUGCGGCGGCUGCUGCUGCUGCUGCUGCUGCGGCGGCGGCGGCGGCUGCUGCUGCUGCUGCUGCUGCUGCUGCUGCGGCGGCGGCGGCUGCUGCUGCUGCUGCUGCUGCUGCUGCUGCUGCGGCGGCUGCUGCUGCUGCUGCUGCGGCGGCGGCGGCGGCUGCUGUCCAUCCACCCGGUGAUGCCCGCUGGGGAGCGUUCGGCGCUUCAGAAGCUAAGCGGGGCAAGUGUGCAGGAUCGAGCAACGGAGGAAAUGGGGAUGGAGGAGGAGGUGUGGUGGACCGAGAAGGGGGGCAGGAGAAUGGACCCUGA